AUGGAUGUUAUGAAUGAAGACUUCUCCACACAACUCAUCUUGAUUCUCGUGUUAUCUGUGUUGUCUAUGUAAUUAGUACCGUUAAGUUCACGGUAGCAUGUUUUGCAAAUAUAAUUGCAAUUCUAGGUUAACUUUGGAUGAUUAGGCAACACUGUAACUUGUCCAUCACAGUUUUGUGUGCAGCGUUAUAAAUUAUAUCCAGAAUUGAACGGAGAGUAUAACGAUUGAUAACGAUCUCCACUUGUCGCAUGUGGUUAUUCUCCAGUAAAAGCAAAUAUGCUAGUCAUUGCGACUACAGAUGUUAGCGCGUGUAUCAGUUAGUUGUAAGGUCAGAGGGGCUCAUUCUUAAUUUAAUAAGAUUGUUAGUAGUAAUAAUAACGACGCAGCCGUACGUUUAUAAAGGUGUUAUAGAUGAGAAAAACGUUAUCGGUGACAAUUUGUGCAUAAAAUGCCAUCAUUUCGUUUUCUUGGCCAAGCAAUUAAUGAUUACAGAGAAAGAACUAUUGAUGAGCUAAGAGAAUUAGUGCUCAAAGUUGGUGUUGUUGCAUUGGUAGCAGCUGUUGUCAUAUGGGUUUCAAUAUUUCUUUAUGUAGCAUUUUAUUACACUUACAUGCCUCCAAUUUCACAUGUUCGACCUGUCCAUCUACAAUUUAUGUCAUGUGAGGACAGCAAAGGCAUUUGCAGUAACCCAUCUGCUCACGUCCGUUUGACGAAGAAGCAGCAGCUGCUUAUGGUUGGGCAGCAAUACAAAAUGUAUUUAGAUCUGGAAAUGCCAGAAUCUCCAGCAAAUCAGAAUCUUGGAAUGUUUAUGGUGUGUAUUCAGCUGCACGAUAAAGAAGGUGGAUUGGUUGACAACUCUUGCCGUUCAACCAUGUUACAUUAUCGUAGUUACCUUCUGCACACACUGAAUACACUUAUCUUCUCACCUAUGAUGGUGUUUGGCAAUAAAGAAGAAAAGCAGAAUAUUGUUUUAGAACUUUUUGCAGAUUUCGAGGAAGAUCAGAAUCAUCCAGUGACAGACAUCUAUGUGGAAAUCCAAUCUCGACAUGUGGAAUUUUAUUCUGCUACACUCUAUGUCCAUGCCCAUUUCACUGGAUUACGCUACUUCAUGUUUCAUUGGCCGAUGCUUUCUGCUGCUGUCGGGAUAACAUCAAAUUUGUUCUUCAUUGUGCUAGUAUGUUUGUUGUCAUGGUGGCACUUACAUCGACCACAUGGAGAUGAAAAAGAAUUUUUGUAUAGUAGUGUGAGAGGUGAAAUUGAAGCAGAACUUGAGACCAAGAGGAGGGAGGCCUUCAUGCUCAGAGAACCUGAUGAUAGUUCAUUUGAGGAUACCAGCACGUUGGAUGAUAGCAGCAACAGAAAUGGUGAUAGUGAUGCAGAACUGCCAUUACAACUGAGCAGUCGACAGUUUAUUGCAGACUUGCCACAGUCUGGAAGUUUCCAAAUAGUCAGUGGUCCUGAUGACAGCUGAACACAGAAACAAAGUCUCUUCUGUAGGUUUGUGCCCUUACAAGAUGUAAGCUUAUACAAUGCAGAUCAGGCUCUCUACAUGUAUGUAUAUGCACAAGCAGUACAUUCCAUUUUUUACUGAUAAUUUUUAGUAUAAAAUUUCAUGUCAGGUUUUUUAUUAAAGCUUUUAAUUAUCCAGCCAUUAAGUACAUCACAUGAUAAAUUCUAGUCAUGAAGGGUUUGUUGUGUUCUUCAUUGCAAACUACAGUAAGCUUCAAACAAAGACAAUUCAAUGAAACACACUUUGUAUGAAAAGUACCUCGUUUCAACUUCUAACUGAUACAAAACAAAUGGCACUUUACAUGUUUUCUGAGGUCAGAAGGGGGAGUUUGGCCAGUGUACUGUAACAAAGAGAAAUGACCUGUAUAUCUCAAAUAACUUGUACUUUCAUGAGAUAAUGUUAAGAUGAUGUGAUGGUUGGCUGACAUCACCAACUACUGAGCAAGUGACUCACAAAUGCACUUCAAUUUUGUGUCAGUUUAUGCACAAGUCAUCUGUCAAUAUGCUUCCCUUCUAAGUGGAAUAUUUGUGCAAUGGAUUGCAGCAGAAUCAGAAUUUGUAUGAUAAAAAGAAAUGAGUGAUGGUGUAUAACAAAUUUGGUGGAUUAGAGUGUGACUAAAGGGCAACCUAUGAGUUUGAACAUGUGACUUGAACACAUAUUUUAUACAGAAAAUUUAUUCAUAAGUUUUGAGGCUUUUGCUCUGUGUUAUUUUAUGGCAUCUAUAAUUAGAGUGUGUAGCACUGAAUGGUUAGCAGCUACAUAACUUGUGCUCUUUGGCAAGUACAAUUAGAAUGCUCACGUCAAGGAGGAUGAGAUGGGCGGGAUGUGUGGUAU